UGCUGUGCGACUUGUCGCGAUUUAUUGACGUUUUUUCCUGCUGGGCUCACGCUGACUAACCUGGGCAGAACUGUUGCAGUCUGCAGACUUCUGUAAGUCUGCGUGUUAUGAGCCUUGUUUUUAUUUUAAAUAUUUGAAAGUUUUUCGAAUUGAAAAAAAAAAACGGACAAUGCCGCCGAAACAGGGAAAGGCUGGCAAGGGAGGAAAAGGAGCUGGCGCUUCUGGAGGUGGUGACUCUGAGAAAAAAGAAAAGCCGCAAAAAGGGGGAAAUGCAGUUAAGGUCCGACAUAUUCUUUGUGAAAAACACAGCAAAUCAAUGGAGGCCAUGGAAAAACUGAAGUCUGGGGUGCGGUUCAGUGAAGUCGCCUCACAAUACAGUGAAGACAAAGCGAGACAAGGAGGGGACUUGGGCUGGAUGACCAGAGGCUCUAUGGUUGGGCCUUUUCAAGAUGCAGCUUUUGCCCUGCCGGUCAGCACCAUGGACAAGCCUGUGUACACAGAUCCGCCAGUGAAGACCAAGUUUGGGUAUCACAUCAUCAUGGUGGAGGCCAAGAAAUAACGCUUCAGGAUUUGAAGAAUCAAGCUGGGCAUCAUCCCCUUGUUUUUUAAAACAUUAUUUAUUUUUGGGAGAGGAGUUCAGAACUCAUAGAGAUACUGCUUGUUUGAUGUAGAAAUCUUAAUACCAUCAUAAAACUCUCAAGAAGUGGUUACAUGCAAGCAUCACGAUGAGGAAAACGUUCAUAGCUGUUAAAAAACACAAUCUGCUUUGAUUUCAUAUGCAAUUGUAAAACACUUUGGAUACAUAAAGAAAAUGAGUGUGGGUAGGUAUUGAUUUGGAAAAUAAAAUCCCAGUAAAUUCACUGCUCUUUUCUUGUACCAGAUUGAUUUUGAAUGGGAAAAGGUGACUGUGUUCUUUGUGCAUAAAAUAAGCAUAAAAUGGGAGGACUUUUGUGACAAAUAAAAAUAGUUUUGCACUUAGCUGCACUUCAUAUAACAGUAAAAAAAAACAGCUUGUGUAGAUUUUCCAUGACUUUCUUCGUCCUGUUAAGAAACAACUCCUGGAAUGUUUUGGGAAAAUUUUUUAUAUCUAUUUUGUAUAGUGCUCUCCUUGAUGUCUUGAGAGGGCAGCAAGAUCAAAACUUGUUUUUGCUUUAGAGUCAAACAGUUUUUUUUUUUUACCUUGGGAUUAAAAUGAAAGAAAAG